AUGAGUUUGAUGGCUCAGAAUGUGAUGACAGUAUCGAAUGAUGAGAAAAUACCACGAAAACGAAAGAGACUAGACGAUGUCGAUGUCGACAGCAACUCAACAACCGAAUGUAACUCAAAAAUCGACAACAACUCAACAACCUAUAACUCGUUGUCGACAGCAACUCAACAACCGAAUGAAUGGAGCUCAACCGAUUCGCAUAUCAUGAAGGAAGUGACCCAAUCCGAGCCCGAAAAACGCCUAGAAACGUAUAUAUUUUCAGCGGAGGGAAAAAUCAACGACAAAUCCGAAAAAAUCAAACUUAAGUUCAUGUGUACAUAUCAAAAGUGUAACAAGAUUUUACAAGGAAAUGUCGCUUUGAUUUCUCACCUCUGGGCACAUAUUGUUGAACAUACACCUGCAGAAUGCGGAUAUCGUAAACAGCAAAAGAAUUUCUCGUAUAUCCAGUCGGUCACAUGCAAACAAUGUUUAUUAUCUUUUGUGUCACCGUACAGGUUGCAGAUUCAUUACACGAAAUGCCAUUCAAGGAUCACUGAGGCUGCCCUUAACACGGCUUGUCAGAUUUGCGAGAAGGAAGUGCCCAGUUUACUUGAACACCUGGCCCUGCAUCCUCCAAUGGUUGCUCCAUAUGCUUGCCAAGUUAAAUCUUGUAAAUAUCGAAGUAGUCAACGAACGGUUCUUUUCGAUCACUACAUGCAGCAUCACGCCAACUGCAUGUAUUUGUGUUGUCCGUUCUGCACAUACACCAAAAAGCUUUUACAAUCUCAACUUCGGACUAAAGCUGCCAUCACUUGUCAUAGCUUCGUUGAUCAUAUUGCAGAACAUGGAAGAGUUUUGACGAGAUAUCGUUGCUCCAAUUGCGCCUACUCUUUUUUGAGUCUCGGCGACAUGAAAAGACACUGGACUAGUGAUCAUAAGAAAAACGUCAUCCUUGACCAUCAAAUUAAAUGGACCAUCAAGCAAUUGCGUACAGACGCGUUCCGACAACGAGAAAUUGGCUCAAUUCACACGAAGGGUACUGACAAUCGUGAUGCGUGCAUUGUUAACGAAUCUUCAGCUCUGGCACGAUCUGCUAAAUGUAAAGGCAUUACUUAUGAAGAAUUGAUUUUGAAGUGGGGAAAACUUCCCGAAGAAAACCCUAAACGUUCUCUUGCCACUAAGGAACGGUUCGUUGAAUUCAAUCUAUUCAAGUAUUUAAACAAAUACGAGUGUGGUUUUGCAAUGAGAGAUGAAAAUUUGGUGGUCUCACGUCAUUUGAAAGACUGUGACUCUCUGGGUUUAACGAAAACAAAGAUGGAUCACUCUAAACAAGAAGACACUCAAGAAGAUAUUUUUGAAGCAAAAAUCUUUGCCGUCAUUCAUCCAGUUCCAGUCAUUCAACCCUCUCUGCCUCAAAUCACUACGAUGGGAAACAAUUUGGGAGUUCUUGAUAAGAUUCGAGACGAACUUGCGGACAUCGACGAUUUAGGAUUAUUGGCCUCCGAGAAAUUUUUGAUGAAAGCACAAUUCAAUGACGUUUCCCGAAGCUUCCGUCAGUAUGACGAAUACUUUAGAUCGAAA